AUUAUUUCCUAUUAUAUAUACUCACAGCUAAACUUGGACGCCGCUUCUACGUACAACAACGCACGCAAGAUUAUACUAGUACUACUUUGUGCCUUGCUUAUAGUUUUCUUGUCCUCCACGUUCCCUCCUUCUCCCAUUUAUCUCUAGAUGCCUGAAAACCCUCAGCAGGCUCCAGCUGUCGCUGCAGCACCCUCAAAAUCAAAACACGGUGCUACAUCCCAAGCUCCACCCGCACCGAGGAAAGUUAGAUUCAACGUUGGUACUCAGUAUCAGGUUCUCGAUGUCGUAGGCGAGGGCGCAUAUGGUAUCGUCUGUUCAGCUGUUCACCGGCCCAGUGGCCGCAAGGUUGCCAUCAAGAAGAUCGCACCCUUUGAUCAUUCCAUGUUCUGCUUGCGGACACUCCGAGAACUAAAACUCCUCAAAUUUCUCAGUGAAGCUGGUGUAAGCGAGAAUAUCAUUUCAAUUUUGGACAUUAUCAAGCCUCCUUCUCUAGACGCUUUCAAAGAAGUUUAUCUGAUCCAGGAGCUGAUGGAAACAGACAUGCACCGUGUUAUCCGAACCCAAGACCUCUCAGAUGACCACGCUCAAUAUUUCAUUUAUCAGACCCUGCGCGCACUCAAGGCCCUACAUUCUGCUGAUGUCAUCCACCGUGAUCUCAAACCUUCAAAUCUCCUCCUUAAUGCAAACUGUGAUCUCAAGGUCUGCGACUUUGGGCUGGCACGAUCAGUAAAGACCGCCGAACCAUCAGGCACCGAAACCGGGUUUAUGACCGAAUAUGUCGCUACACGGUGGUACCGAGCCCCUGAGAUCAUGCUGACGUUCAAGCAAUAUACUAAAGCUAUUGACGUCUGGUCUGUUGGAUGCAUCUUGGCUGAGAUGCUCUCCGGAAAACCUUUGUUCCCCGGCAGAGACUACCACCAUCAGCUCACCUUGAUCUUGGAUGUUCUUGGCACACCAACGCUGGACGAGUUUUACGCCAUUACCACACGCAGAUCACGAGAUUAUAUUCGAGCUCUUCCUUUCCGCAAACGCCGGCCAUUUGCGCAAAUCUUCCCCAACGCCAAUCCUUUGGCUGUAGACUUCUUGACAAAGACUCUCACAUUCGAUCCUAAGAAACGCAUAACAGUCGAAGAGGCUUUGGCUCACCCAUACCUCGAAGCAUAUCACGAUCCCGAUGACGAACCAGUCGCACCACCGCUCGACCCCGAGUUCUUUGAAUUCGACCGUAAGUACUCAGGUUUGAUAAGCGCGCAUGCAUAUUUACCAUAUUCGGCAGUACACAAGGACGAUAUCAGCCGCGAACAGCUCAAAGAACUCCUCUACGAAGAGAUCAUAUCCUUCUGUCCCGCCCCAAUCACCUAAACACACCAUCGCUGUCCAUAAAUCAGAGGAUUCAUAUGUAAUACUGUGCCGAGCGUCAAAUUGAAUUAGGGGAUAGAAAUAUGUACGAAAUAUGUUCUUUGGUGCCUUCUAACUGGUAGUCGUGCUGCUUUGCUAUGGACAGUACUCAUUCAAUGUUUUUGUGUAUCUCUUCGCAAUCAGCAGCUCAUCGCACGGAUCUUGUAAUUAUUACACGUUUUUGUCGCCGCGUCACCCAAUGUUCAAUCUAUGCAAUUUGUUUGGAUGAC